AUGUUCAAAUUUGCCUUUGUUAUCUUUGCCUUGAUUGCCUGUGCUGCUGCCAAACCCGGUUUGAUUGGUACUCCUUUGGCUUACACUGCUCCUGCCGCUGUUGUUGCUGCCCCAGCCGGUGUUGUUACAGCCACCAGUAGCCAAUUUAUUGCCCGCAACCACAAUGGUAUUGUCUCCACUCCCGUUGUUGCUCCCGUAGCCGCUCCUGUUGUUGCCAAAACCUUUGCCGCCUAUGCAACCCCUGUUGCUGCUCCUUUGGCCUACUCUGCUCCUUUGACUUAUGAUGCUGCUCCCGCACCAGUUUUCUUUUAAAGAUUUAACAACUGCUAAUUAUGGAUAAAUUGAUGUGAGUGGAAUAAAGAAUAAAAAAAAACUAAUUUAUUAAACAAAAAAA